CUCUCGUCCGUGCCAGUCGGAUGCUAGACGCGACAGGAGCAGGUUCUCGACCGUUCGGCUCGACUCGGCCCUGAUCGGUUUUCGUCGGGCUGCUCGUGCUUUUCACACACGUACGGGCUCGCACGAAUCGUCAAUUCUGCGCUCGCGGCUGCUGCUCCUGGGCUGCGUUCAGUUCGCCACUGUGUGUUAAAAGUUCGAACGUUUUUUCGAAACGGUCGCGCGAUCCCCGAAUCGCCUGCGAACACCGAGGGGGAACGAGUGACGGGACGACGGGUCGUUGCACUUACAGUGUCGUCGCUUCGUUAAAUUUCCGCGCGUGAUUUGUGUUUUACCGACCGCGCCUGAGUACCGUUACCCGUGACUUUGGUGUGUUGACCGUGCGGAGAAUAUCUCGCCACUCUGACGUUUGCUCCGACGAGUUUCUCGAUACUCGAUACGCCUGAAGAUAUCGGUGAUAUAAUCGGAGCGGGAGAACGGUGCAACAGGGCACGCAGAGCGACCUGUUGUGCCCACAGAGCGCUACCCAUCCAUCUAUCCGGCAGGCAGGUAGAAUUUAGUGGCUCGGAUCCGGGAAUUUAGUGUUUCGAAGGCUCACGCGCACACAGGGACAAGUGUACAAUCCAUAUCGCGCCCGUCUGUGAAAGUUGAGCAUUGGCCCCCGAUUCGAUUAACGUCGAACGUACGCGCGUAACGUACGAUCUGGACGUGUGGUGUUGCCUUGUCGUGUUGUUUCGCGGCGCAGCGACAGCCGGGAAUCGCGCGGAGAGCGAGAGGAUAGCUGGAAAGGAAGCAAUUCCAGCGAUAAUGCGCACGGUGAGCGAAGCGAUGAAGCAUCGCGCGAUCAGCUGACUAGCCGAACUGUUCGGCGGCCGCGGGGACUCGGCCGGUAACGAAAAUCGACUGAGGACCGGCAGGAACUCGAAGAACCGACAGCAGCCUCGUUUGCCUACCUGCUCGGUUAUGACGUUUGGCACGCCGUUUCACACCGAGAAGUCGCAGUUCGUCGGCGAUAACUCUGCUCGGCCCGGCACCAUGGCGGCUGAGGAGGGUGCGCUGAGUGGCGGACUCGGGGCAAAAUUAAAAUGUCCGACCCCUAUAUCACGCUUGAGGGUAGAGAAGAUCGAGGGUGGUCUCAUGGUAGCUGGGGUUGUAAUAGCUGCGAACUGCCAGAUUGCUCUUCCGGCAUUCGGCUUUCUCUUUAUGCUCGUCGGCGCUGUGCUCACUGCUGCGUCGUAUCGUGGACCCGGCGAGGACGAGGACAAGGACUCGUACGCGGCCAGGAUCGCGUUCACGGGGAACUCGCGGAUCCUAGGACCGAUCUGCAUAGUGGUGGGCGCCCUUAUGCUCGCCCUCGGCGUCCUCCUCUGCAUGCUGACUCGCCGGGCGAGAAGAAGGGAGCGCAGGGUUGGCUUCCAUUGCCCUCUUCACGGCGAUUUUUACCCCCUGAGCCCUGUCCAGGGUGUCAAGAUGCUCGGCAUGUCGGGCAAGGACGUUAGCGGUUGGUCGAAAAUCCCCUGUUUGAAGGGACGUUCCUCGAGUAAAGGUGGAAGCGCAUCUUCCGGUGCACACGUGGGCCCGCCACAGUGUCCACAUUCUGUGUUAAGCAGCACCCGUAGUUCUGUCAGCAGUUCGCCACUGAGCCCAUGCCCAACCCCCAUGCCAUUUUUGGUCACCUCGGGCUCCGUUAGUAGCGGGAUGGUGCAGAGUGUCGGUGCUAAUUUAUCCCCGGACCAAACAUUCGGAUCGAUCCGUUCGCUGUCAGUGACGAGGGAAGUCGCCAGUUUUCCUUUGUCAAGAACGCCUACGCCGCCUCCGCAGCACAGAACGGCCGCACUGACGAACCCGGAGGAUUUAGCGAACGUGGGAAGCCCGCUGAGGGAAGCAUCGCCCCGACCGGAAGUGCGGGUGGUCGCACCGUCUCACCGGCCGCCGUCCGCUCUCGCCACCGUCAACAAUAACGCCAGCAACCCCGCCAACGGAUCCUCGAAUCGCAAAUCGGUCAGCAUACUGCUUCCGGAGCAUACGAGCGGAUGACCCGAGCAGCAACACGGUUUCGUUCAUCGUUGCGACAAGGAACCACCGCCGUCGAUUUAGGAAUCCAGCAACAGCAGCAGCAGCAUCAACGAACCGACAGCGAAUGGCGACGCAGAGAAACUACGAAGGAGGAAGCAACGAUGACGUUGGCGAUUCUGACACUUACAGAACGUAGCUGAACGCGACGCGAGACUCGAAAAAAAGCGACCGAGAAUCAUCGUGGCCGGUUUACUCUGCCACGUUUACUCCGUGGCAACCGUUAAUCCAGCAACGAAUCCGAAUGAUCGGCGAGCAAUUACGGGCGUCGUUCGUUCUUGGCAGCGAGAUCCCUCUGUCGAGCUGCACGAGUUGAACGGAGUUGGACAGGCGGACGGCAGGGCUUAGUUAAUUCACGCUAUUGGCAAACAUUCAAUUAUCGGCUUCGCCUCCGCCGGCCGAAAUUGCUGGAUAAUUCAUCGCUGCCGGAGCGAUAGCCGAGACAACGACUUUCAUCUGUCCUAGCUAUCGUUGCUCCUCCCCCAACUGCGACCUCAUCCGUUCGAUUCGCAACGUAUCACGUAGAUUGGUCUGUCUUUCUUUUUUUUUUUUCUUCUUUCCUCUCUCUCUUCGGUUUUUCCUUUCCUGCGUUUGGUACUUUCGUUCGAGCUGUUAUUUUUUUUGUCACCGUGUACGAAGAUCAUACACACACACACACAAGUGUGAUAUGAGUCAACCGUUUCUGUACGAAACCGGUCGGAGAGAUAUGUUUCAAGAUAUGUUUAGUUCAGCCUGUACGUGUUUCUUUUUUAGUCCGAAGAAGUCGAAUUACAAAUGGAAUUGAUCGGCAGCAUGUCGCAUUGUCGGAUGUUUCUCUUUUACAAAGGACUCGUCGCGUAAAAUCUUCACCUAUGGCCUUUACACGCAUGCAAAAGGUGCUACCAAGGGGGAAACGUUCGUCGUGUCGAACUUUUGCCAACAUUCUUCGAGAUCUUCCUCGAGAUAUUGUCGCGUCUGCGUAGAUAGUGCGUCUAUCUUCUUCGAAAGA